AUGUCUAUGAGUCAACUACGUAUCCAGCGUGCUCUUAGUAACAUUGAUUUUCUGCAACAGCUCGAGAUCGCUGCUGAGAACCUCAUUUGGACCAACCCUGACCAAAGAGCCAUGCUCUUCGUUAAGCUCGAGUUGGGCUUCAUACUUCUUGCCGCUUAUUGCCAAUCGGGCCAGUCAUAG